AUGUCUGCCGUCCCCCACCUGCAGAAACAACUGCGGGAGUUGACCACAAGUCCCCCCGCCGGCUUCCGCGUGGAGGCGGAGGAUCUCUUCCUCUGGACUGUCUGGUUCGCCGGCCCGCAGGGGACCCCGUACGCCCCCGGCAUUUACCGCGCGGAGCUGCGCUUCCCAAAGGAGUUCCCCAUGGAGCCGCCCGCCUUCAAAGUUCUCUCCUCCAUUUGGCACCCCAACGUCUACGAGGACGGCAGGGUGUGCAUCUCCAUUCUACACCCGCCCGGCGAAGAUGAGAUGAACACGGAGGAGACAGCCAUGAUGCGAUGGACACCAAUUCAAACAAUUCGCUCAGUGCUUUUGUCUGUCGUCUCUCUUCUGAGUGACCCUGAUCCAAAAGAUGCUGGUGCCCCAGCAAAUGUCUCUUCACUGGUUCAGUAUCGUAAGGAUCGCAAAGCAUUUAAUGCCUACUGCCAACAGCUAGCACAAAAGUCACUUUCGGAGCUUCCACCUGGUUUUGUUCCACCAUUACAGGAAGACCACGUAGAACCUCCUGUUAAUUUCGUUCCUACUAUGGAAAUGGAAUAUGAGGACGAAUCAGAGACGGAAGCACAUGAUUCUGCUCAUUGCUUUAGCGAUGAACUUCGUCAAAUUCGAGAUAUGGGUCUUGCACCUGAAAAGUCAGACAAAGAGUUGCUUAAUAUGCUUAUAGAAGUGAAGGGUGAUGUUGCUACACUAAUGGAGCGGUUAAUGUAA